AACGAAACAAAUGAUAUGUCAAGAUCAAUUUUGACAGCUGUCACCUAUUCCCAAGUGACAUUCCUUUUCCUGAGUAGUGCUAUUUAUUUUGAGUUUUGAUGUAAAUAUUUUUAACGAAUAAAAUACAUCGUACAAUGUAUUAAAAUGUAUACAUUACUACAUGGGUUUUACAAGUAUUUGGUGCAAAAAGACGAAUACUGUGUGUUAAUAUUAGGCCUUGACAAUGCUGGCAAAACGACGUAUCUGGAGGCUACAAAAACAAAAUUUACGAAGAAAUAUAAGGCAAUGAACCCGAACAGGAUAACAACAACUGUUGGAUUAAACAUAGGCAAAAUUGAUGUAGAUGGCGUAAGACUUAAUUUUUGGGACCUUGGCGGGCAGCAGGAGUUGCAGAGUCUUUGGGACAAAUACUAUGCAGAGUGCCAUGCUGUUAUAUACAUAGUAGACUCGUCCGACAGAGACAGAAUAUCUGAAUCAAAAGAAACUUUUGAUAGAAUGAUAGCUUCAGAACACUUGUCAGGUGUUCCGCUGCUAGUGUUAGCGAAUAAACAAGACAUUCCAGACUGCAUGGGGGUUCACACUGUGAAACCAAUAUUCAACCAGAACGCACACCUUAUUGGUGCAAGAGAUAUUAUGCUGAUGGCCAUUUCUGCUCUUAAUGGAGAUGGGGUCGAUGAAGGCAUUAGAUGGCUCGUGGACUGCAUAAAGCGAAACAACGUCGAUCGGCCGCCGCGCAACCACGACGAUAACUUAUAAAGGCGACACCUACACCCGGUGCAUGUAUAAUAUGUCUUACGCCCGACCGAACGACACUACCGAUACAAUGAAUAAUAAUUAGUUUUCCUAUUAAGAUAAUGAUGUGACUCGUACGGCCCAUUGUUUUGUACAUACAGUAUUGACAUUUAAGAAUAAAACAUUACUAGAACUGGUGCUGUAUUGCUAUCCUUUUUCAGUGAUAAAUUGUACCUUUGAUAAGAGAUACGUUGUGACUGGAUAUGUGAGGAGUACCUGCACCUGAUAAAACACUUCUGAUAACAGUACAGUUUACACCGUCGUGGAAUAUUGUGGCAUAGUUUGUGAAAUGUUUUUAUUAAAACAAUUUUAGCACAUUUUCAUAGUGUUGUUUUUAAAUUUUAAUUAUGGCAUAUCCUAUGUAUGAAGUUGAUUGGAGUGUAUUGCCGCCAGAACAAAACCGAAGGUUCAACCCGGCAUUUAACAUUGCCACUAUCAAACAAGUGGUAAAUGAGGCUAUAGAAAGAGUUGCGCCGGUUUCAGUACGGAUGCCGACACCGACGCGCCUUCGCGACCUUAUCAGGCAGAUUAGGGCGGCCAGGACCGCGGCCGAAGAAAGGAGUGUCGUCAACAAGGAAUGCGCUUACAUACGGUCUACCUUCAGAGAAGAGGACAGUGUGUGGAGAUGUCGAAACAUAGCGAAACUCCUGUACAUCCACAUGCUGGGUUACCCAGCUCACUUCGGACAGUUGGAGUGUCUGAAACUGAUCGCCAGCCCUCGGUUCACGGAUAAACGAGUUGGGUACCUCGGCGCCAUGCUGCUUUUGGAUGAGCGGCAAGAUGUACAUCUCCUCAUCACUAAUUGUUUGAAAAAUGACCUAAACAGCAACACUCAGUUCGUUGUUGGCCUAGCACUAUGUACCCUGGGGGCUAUAGCGUCUCCAGAAAUGGCAAGAGACCUGGCUUCGGAAGUGGAACGCCUCAUCAAGUCUCCAAACGCGUACAUUAAGAAGAAGGCGGCGCUAUGCGCAUUCCGCAUCAUCAGAAGGGUCCCUGAUCUUAUGGAAAUGUUUCUCCCUGCCACCAGAAGCUUAUUGACGGAGAAGAAUCAUGGUGUUCUUAUUACUGGAGUUACGCUCAUCACCGAAAUGUGUGAGAAUAGCCCGGACACCCUAAACCACUUCAAGAAGAUCGUACCGAAUCUGGUGAGGAUAUUGAAAAACCUCAUUUUGGCUGGAUAUUCACCGGAGCAUGACGUCAGUGGAGUUUCAGACCCGUUCCUACAGGUAAAAAUCCUUCGCCUCCUCCGGAUACUAGGCAAGAAUGACGCCGAGGCAUCGGAAGCUAUGAAUGACAUACUAGCCCAAGUUGCCACAAACACGGAAACCAGUAAGAACGUUGGCAACACUAUUCUAUACGAGACUGUGCUCUCUAUAAUGGACAUCAAAUCCGAGAGCAGUCUCCGAGUGCUAGCCAUCAACAUACUCGGACGAUUUCUACUGAAUAAUGACAAAAAUAUCCGCUACGUGGCGCUCAAUACGCUUUUGAGGACCGUGCAUGUUGAUACGUCCGCUGUUCAAAGGCAUAGGACUACUAUUCUGGAGUGCUUGAAGGACCCAGACGUAUCAAUCCGCCGGCGUGCGAUGGAACUAUCGUUCGCUUUGAUCAACGGCCAGAACAUCCGCAGCAUGAUGAAGGAGUUGCUGACCUUCUUGGAGCGAUCUGAUGCAGAGUUCAAAGCUCACUGCUCCAGUGCCAUGGUCUUAGCAGCCGAGAGAUACGCGCCCUCUAACAAAUGGCAUCUCGAUACUUUGUUCAGAGUUUUGCUCAAGGCGGGCAACUACCUCCGCGACGACACGGUGUCGAGUACGCUGCAGAUAGUAUCGUCGGCGGCGCCCGAGCGGCAGGCGUACGCCGCCAUGCGCCUGUGGACCUCGCUCGAACGGUCCGCCGUCUCCGGCGACGCUACUGAGAAACAGCCGCUUGUACAGGUGGCGGCGUGGACUAUUGGUGAAUACGGUGACUUGCUGGUGUCUGAAGCCAGUAACGCGAUCUCUAUGGUCGACGAGGAUGGCGUUGAUGACUUCGUGCGUCCGACAGAGGAGUACGUGAUAGACAUAUACCAGAAGUUGUUGUGGUCGACGCAGCUCUCCAUCAACACCAAGGAAUAUCUGCUCUUGUCUCUCGCCAAGCUAUCCACUCGUUUCACCACGCAACCUAGCCAGGAUAAAAUCCGUGUGAUCAUCGACACUUUCGGGUCUCACAUCCACAUUGAAUUGCAACAGAGAGGAGUGGAGUUAUCCCAAUUGUACAGGAAGUACGCGCACUUACGUCCGGCGCUGCUGGAGCGCAUGCCGGCCAUGGACGCGCCCGGCGGACACGCGCCCGACGACGCCGACAACGACGCGCUCUCAGACAUCAGCCCCGACCACAAACCCGACCAUGCCAAUAAUGACGCCCUACUAGACCUGAUCAUCGGUUCGGACUCCCUGACGAAUGGCGACGUGGAGCACAAACCCUCGCAGCCUCCAGCCAGCAACAACAACUCUAGCAGCAAUGAUAUCCUAGACCUGCUGAGCGGGUUAGACCUGACCCCGACGGCCCCGGCCAGCGUGAUGAACAACAACGUGCCGUCCCCCGGCCUCACGUCGGGCCUCAGUCCGGGCCUCACGUCUGCCGCGCCGCCUGCCUCACUACUGCUCGACGGACUCUUCGCUGCACCCGUGCAAACACCAACCAUGCAAGAUCUACCGACAGUGACGGCUCUAGAGAAGAACGGUCUCCGCAUAGUGUUCGGAGUACAGCGCGGCGGUGACUCGGUGACGCUGACCAUGCGCGCGCAGUCCUCCUCGCCAUCCACCCUCACAGACUUCCUGUUCCAGGCCGCUGUACCUAGGACAUUCCAGCUCGACAUGAUGUCACCAUCCGGCACAGUAUUGCCGCCCCAGGGUGAAAUUACUCAAGUACUCAAAAUCACUAAUCCAUCCAGGAGCGCCCUUCGACUAAGAAUACGAGUAUCGUACAACGUGGACGGAGUCCCGGUGUUAGAGCAGGCAGAAGUGAACAGCUUCCCUCCGGACCUGUUCAACUGACGAGUGGCCAGCCCGCCCGGCUACUGUCUAUAGCCUGCGCUAGCCUCCGCUGGCCACACGCUCCUAUAUACUCGUACUCGGUAGUUACACCAUGGUCAUCGAUUGUUUGUCUAUACGUAAUAUUCUUGAGCUCUAGAGCAGAUCCGUUGCAUUUCUUCUGCAAUUCGCAAAAUACGCAGUCCAAGGCAUGUCGAUCGUGCUAGAAUUGCACAGCAACUGCAGGUGAGUGCAGUCUGUUUGUAUGCAGUUGCACUUACUGCAAACAAACUACAAAUUUGUUAAUGGUGUGCAGUUGAAAUGCAGUCUCUAGAGCCUUCCUAACUCUGGCUCAGACAAUAUGCAGUAACUUAAGUUUCUUGUACUAAUUCUAAAUGUUUCUUUAUUGUUAUUACUUGUAUCAUUCUCUUUUUCUAGUAUUUAUAUUUAAGGUACUGCAUAUUGUUAUAUUGAGUCGGUGUAGAAGCGCAAUUACAUUCGGUUGUUCAUCUUAAUAUGGAUUUUAUGCUAGUGUCGAGUUUCUACUCGAAUACGGGGUACCUAGUGUAAUAUCGUAUUUUAUUAUAAUGUGCAGUGUGUGCAGGGCCUACAACUGUCUGCAUUUUUCAACUACUUAUUUCAAAUUUCUUUAAAAUUCUGAGAUUAAUCUAGCUUUACAAACUGCAUUGUGAUCUGGAUAGCCGAUAAGAUCUCAUUAUAAACAUAUUUAUUUAUUAUUUAUAUUACUAUUGAAAUGCACCAGUCAUGUAAAUUUUAUAGUUCAUUAAUUGCUCAUUUUAUUCACUGACAAAAGCAAUAUUUAUUUUAGGAAUUAUGUUGAAACAAUCGAUGACCGUUUUCCAACUUAAGUUUUAACUGAUGGCGAAUUGUUGACUCGACGAAGACUGAGCACAGGCCACCUGUAUCAGCCCGCUACACCGCGCUGUCGAGAUCUGCCGCUCCUUUUAUAGCUCACCUGCAUUGAGAUUUGUGAAACAUUCCACGUGUUAGGUAGUGUUUAAAGUUAAAGCCGCAAGGACCCUAUUACAUUUUGAUUGUUGAUUUAUUGUUGGGUGACCAGAGAACGCGAUCCUUAAAAUCCCAGAGGUCAAGUUUAUUUUGUAUCAUCUCUGGCCACAUUGUCAGUAUUAUUGCAAUCUCAAAGCAACUGAUAUCAGUGGUUAACUACUUACUAUUUCAUAAUUAUUGUCGGGAAAGAAAACAAAGAAGUUGCUUCUUAAAUCUAAAUUGCAAUACAAGUAAGAAACGUCAUUACUAUUAAUUUUUAAGUCGUAAUAUGUUGAGGUAUCGAACCGUUGUGAACAUUCCCGAAUUUUAAACAUUUUGCCCUUGAUUGAUAAAUUGUAAAUUAAUGUACUAGUAGACCCGUUGUGUCGCUCCUGCUGUACAUAACUGAGAUUGUGUGUAUAAACGAUUAUAGUAAGCAACCUGUGAAUUGGAGGGCUGUAUGGAUUGUACUUAAUAAAAUAUAAAUGAAUCACUAAUAAGGUAAUUACGGUGUGAUAAUCCACUUUAGUACGCAAGCCAAACUAAUGGUCUUGUGGAGAAGUAGUCAAUGUUUUAAAAUACACUGGCGAGCCAAAAUAUCUAGUCACCUAGCAAGCCAUGAUGUAUGAAGUUUAGAAAAGAUUCCUGUAUGUAUAAAUUGUUUUAGAACUCGAUUAUUUAUAGAUUAUGUGUGCCUUGAUUUUUUGCUCGUCACUGUAUUUUGAACCAUAAUUUAAUUUUCAGAUAGUCUGUGUUUGAUGUCACUAGUUUGGACUUAGACCAGCAUUUUGUUAAGAAUUCUACAGCAUAGUUACUGUAUGCAACCCGUGAGCCGCUUCACAUGCUAAACAGUCAGUCGAUAGAACUGUUCCUUGUUAAGAGUUUUAUACUUUGCGACGAUGUAAAUAAUGAUUGAUUGAUACAUCUUCAUCAAACACGUAGUUACGCAAUUAUGGAUUAUUAUAAGAUUUUUACACGCGUCACGGCAGUCGCCGGACAUUUUAACAUUAGACAUUAGUUAUUAUGUUUAUUUUCAUCCUAUUUAUGUUUAGGUUAUCGACUAACCAGCAUAUUCUAAUGAAAUAUCGUAGGAGUAUGUAAAUCUAGAUAUAAUUUGAAAGUCACUGGAAAUAUAGAAGACGCACGUGCUCUUAAUAGUUCUUAUAUUCUCUUGCGAUCACGGAAUUAUCGUGAACGCAUAUAUUUUAUUUUUGAUUAUGUAAAGAGAGCUUGGCAAAAGAAUAUAUCGUCAAUUUGGUGCUUCGUUUUACUAUAUUCUGAUAAAUAGAAGGCCCUCCACAAUGUGAGAUGUUUAUGAUUUUGUGUAUAACUAAAGCUAUGUGAAAGAUGUACAUAAUGAUUAUAAUGAUUUUAUGUAAAUUGGUUAAUAAAUAUUUGAGAAUGUUUAUAUAAUCAAAUUGGCUGGUUUUAUUUCAUAAACACCCUUCAUACAUAGAUCACUGAUACAUUUAUUGACUUAAAUUUUUACAUGUUUAGCUCUAAUACAUGACCAUUACUCAAUCAUGGGUGUGGCAGGUGCAGGUCGUCCACUGACACUGUUGAACAGUCUGUCCUUGAUCAUCUGCGCCAUAAGACCGUGGAUUACCUCGAUGGUAGUCUUGCAGGCAUCCUUGGUUGCCUUGCCGAGUUUAUCUUCAGUUCGUUUUUCAUGGGGGUCAGCGCCCGCUACGAUGAAUCCUCCACGGC